AUGAAAGCAUUUGACGGUCUGUCGAUAAGAAGAUAUCGAUUUCUUCGUAAUAAGUGCAAGGUUUCCUACAAAGUUGACCUGUGUCGUAAUGUGCAACUUGUCAAAGUAGAUACAUAUUGUGGUGAUUAUUGGGUGAGGAAAUAA